UGUAGUUUCGAUGUGAAAAGAUGAAAACAAUGCUUUGAAGUUGAAAUUGUGGCUUACUUUUGCAAUUCUAAAGAUUAAUACGGAUUAAAUAAAAUAAUAGAAUUUUAUUCAAUAGAUAAAAUUUAAUGUUAUAUUAAUAUGUCGACUCGAGAGAUACUCACGUUGCAAUUUGGUCAGUAUUCAAAUUAUAUUGGAGCACACUUUUGGAACAUACAAGAACUAAGUUUUGACUACACUGGCACCUCAAAAACCGAAUGCAAUCACGACAUUUUAUAUAGAGAAGGUCGAACUGCUACAGGGGAGAUUACUUAUACUCCUCGUUUGCUCUUGGUUGAUUUGAAAGGUUCUCUUAAGACUCUUCCAGCAAGUGGUGGUUUAGAAGAAUUAAAUUUAGAAGAAAACCUACCAUGGAAUGCUGUCGAAAAAAUUGAACAACCAGAACAUAGUAAGAAUGAGUUUUUAAAAGAUAUUGACUCUGGUAAUGCACCUAAGAUUGAAAAAAAGCAGUAUAAUUUAGAGCAGGAAAUCGAUACAUGGACUGAUUAUCUGUAUCCCAGGUUUCACUUUCGUACUGUAAAUGUCAUAAAGGAAUAUCAAUCUGGAAAUGCUAAUGAAAGUUUUGACAUUAAUUGCUCUGGACGGCUUAUAUGGAAAUCAGAUUUUGGAGAAUCAUUUGCUGAUAAAAUCAGAAAAUAUGUAGAAGAAUGUGAUAGCAUGCAAGGUUUUCAAGUAAAUUUUGAUUGUACAGAUGGUUUUGCAGGGCUGGCUUUGGGUUGCAUUGAACAUCUUUCAGAUGAAUACACAAAGAGUAUAUUAGCAUAUCCCAUUAUAGCAUCACACUUCUCAGAUAACAAUCCAUCUACAGAAGAAGAAAGAGAGAAGUCAAACCUGAAGGAUUCUGUGAGAUUAGUAAACAUUGCACUAUCAAUUGAAGAAUUGUCACAACAUGCUGAUUUAUUUGUACCUUUAUGUACUGGGGAUAAAGGAUGGAGAAAACCUGGAAAUCCAAGAUUAUUUGACUAUAUUAAUUAUAAACCAGAACUAUACUACCAUUCUUCAGCUUUACUAGCAUCAGCUUUAGAUACAUUAAGUCAAAAAUAUAGGCAUAAAGGUAAUAUUCAUACUAUGUCUGAUAUAUGUGCCGAUAUGACUGGGUAUGGAAGAAAAAUGGCUGCUGCAACACUUGGAAUACCAUUUGCAUUAAAUGAAUCUGAAUACCUCAUUGAUUAUUUGAAUAAAACAACUAAACCACUUUACAAAUCAAUAACACCUAGCUGUAAAAUUGCCACAGAUAAGCUUUUCCAACUUAUUACUGUUAGAGGAAUACCCGAGUCAUAUCUAAAGGCCCCAAUGAAAGAAGCUAAAGAACAAAUGAAUCUAGCAGCAUAUAGAUGUACCAAUGUGAAAGAAAUGUUUGAAUUGUAUUUCCAAGCUAACAAUUUUCUUUCUGCAACCAAUGUUACGGUAUGUGAGAAAGCAUUAGAGUUGAAAACUCCAUACCCAUCUAUUUUCUCAGAUAACUUAAACAAGUAUGGAUUUGUUAGGGAUAAUAAUCAAGUAGAAAAAACAGAUAGUUGUCCAGUAAUAGCAGGAUACCAUAAUGGAAAUUUCAUGGCAGACAUGAUAGAGAAGCUUCACAGAGAUGUAAACAGAAUUAAAUUUGCUAAACUGCAUAAAUUCCAGCAAGAGGGUUUGGAAUAUGGUGAUUACACAGAAAGUCUAAACAGAUUAGCAGAGUUUAAAGAUAAUUAUGAAGAUAAUUUUGAGCUUUAACAUGUUAACAGUCCAGUUUACCAUAUGUGGUACAUGGUUCUGCAGAGUUUGAAUACCCUAUGAGGUACUCAACUGUUACUCUACGGGCCCUUGGAACACAAACUUGUCAAAAUAGUUAGGUGUUUUCUUUGUGGAAUUCUAACUAAGGAUCUAAUAAAUAGACUAAGUUAAAAACA